GCACACGGUAACAUAACCGACACCAGUUUACACCACACUGUAAUGCCGUGCAUGCGAGAAAUGUGGCUUACUGUGCACUUUAUGGUGCCUGACUGCUGUAAUGGCAGUGGUGUUCAGGUAUGUGUUACUCUACAGUCAUGUCUCUAGUUGAGAGCUUGCACAUGACAUCAUAAACUCUGGUCCUUAACAAACGGGUACUUGAACAUGGCGGCCUUGAUGAUAAAUCAGCAUAAUCAUGUGGCAGUUAAACUACAACUUUACGAAUCCGAUAUAUAGUCGAUGAAGGAGAGUGUAGGGAACAUUAUUUGUUAUUUUUAAGUUCAAUUAUGGUUUCAAUGAACCUCGAAGUUCAUGCUGCUACAGUCUUGUGGGCCAAGAGACGGCACGUCCAAAAUGAUGGAGCAUAAAAAGAAUGAAACAUCGCUUCGUGUCCAAGCGACGGCUCAGGAGCAAUGAACAGCAUCUGAUAGGUUCCAACAGUGGUGAAAGAAACUAGACCACAUUACAUGAUGCCUAAUAGGAAAAAGAAGAGUAUUCCUGACUUGCCAUCUUGAUUAUACGAGUGGCACUAGCUAGCACUUUUAGACUUCACGCACAUAAAUUCCCAACAAUGUGGAUGCCUGCUGUUGUAGCUAAAUUGGUACAGUAUCGGAUGUGUGCUCUUUUUCUUUUGUCCUGGUUUAUUUAAUUUGUCAUAUUUACUGCACUGGUAUGAUUCUGUGGUGGAAAAUUGAGUAAACCAUGCCCUCCAUGUUUUUUCCUUGGCAAUGAAGAACCUGCUGUAUGGCCAAGUGAGAAGAUUUAUUUAUUUUAUGAUUCAUCUAUGUGCAGAUAUCAUCAGCCCUUGUACAUGGCUAUUACAGGAGCAAAAUACAUAAUCAUUACCGAGACAGAAUUUAAUUGUCUAGAUAAAGCGACAAUAGACGUUGAACCAAGAGGCAUAACCAAAUAGAAUAUCACAUAAAGGCAAAGUAUUGCUAGUUAUAAAUAGGAAUAUGUGCUAUGUGUUUUAAAAAUAUAUCCAUAGAUGAGCACAAAAGGCUUGUUCCGACAAGGAAUUACAUUUGCUGACAGCUCUGGAAAUAGCCGUUAAUGAAGAACAUCAGAAAUUUUCUUCCUUAGAACGACGAACGCCAGGCCUGCGCUGAAGGCGCAGCACAGUUACAGCGUAAGCUACAAGAGUGGCCUUUCAGGGCCUUUUCUAAACACUCACUGGGUAACUACUGCAAGCACACUUGCUGGGUAGUAGGCCGGCAUUUGCUAUGCUAUGCAAGAAUAUUUGAGGGGAAGAAACUCCCAGGCCGCUGCAGCGGGCAAGGGCUCACAAACGUAUCAAGCUAAGUUUUCGAAGAGUACGGAAAGGGGGAAGGAGACAAGAUGAGCUACUACAGGAAAAUUUUCAUUCAGAAAGGCAAAUAGAAAUGGCUACUAAACAAAUUGAGAAAGUAAUCACUGACGAUAAUAAAACAUUGUGGACAUACACGAAUCUACUUAGACUGAGCUAGAGCUUGCUAAGGCACAUGACAUGUCGCACCAGAAAAGGAGACACAAACACAAAAGUUGGUGGGAGGAGGAAGUUAAGAAAGCCAUAGCGAAAAGUCAGGAAGCCUGUAGGGAACACGGACAAGCUAAGCAGAGUGGUGAACCGACAGAUGAUGUCGAAAUAAAAUGGGAUAUCUUUCUCAGUUGUAGAAAAGAAGCAUGCCUUCUCAUCAAUGAAAAGAUUAGAAGAAAGGGGGCUUAGUGGCUGGCCCCCUUGUAAUUGUAAUUUUUUACUUAAGAAUUUUACUUGCCAGUGGCUACCUUACUGAGUAAACUAAUUUAGCUUGGGCCCAUGGUAUGUGUCAGCUGUGAAGAAAGUGGAUUGAAUGACAGGGCUACAUGCAAGUGUCGGUAACAGAAGCAAUCGAUUGUGCAGAAAAUAACUAGGUCAAUGAAAUAAAAGUGGGACCAGAACAUGCAUUGUGUGAGCAGAGUGGAUCUAUGUAGAAGUAAAAAAUGUUUCAGUAUAGAGCAGAUGAAGCUUUGCUCAUUCUCGCAUGUGUGGGAUUUCCAGACUUAUUUUUUUUGUGUGUGUUGGAGCCCGUGCAUUUUAUUUUGUCUGGUGCAAUAAUUUAUAUAUUUUUUUUGCUCGACUGUUUUGUAAAAAUGGGAUUUCAUUUAAAUAUGCGAAAACACCUAAUCGGGAUUACGGUUGAGUACAAAAGUGAGAGGCACUAAUCUACGUUUCAAGAGUUUUAAGGAGUCAUUUUGCAGACUGUACCUACAGUGAAAUAUGCAUGGGCGAAUAUGAAGCAGUGGUAAAAAACUACAAUGGCAACAAACUCUUAUGUCGGGUUUUUUUUUUACCCUUGAAGUAAGCAUGACUCAGUCUGUGGGUAGGAAAGGAAGUUCUUCUAAGUUCCUCUGGCUUUAAAUGCGUCAUUAUUACUCCUUUUAAUUUCAAAUUUCUGUUUGAACUAAGUGCAGUUGUAGCCCAGUAGUGACAACGUAUAUGACCAAGCAUAGAAACAUGAGCACUCCACCUGUAUCGGGUAUGAGCCAUUGUAGUGGGAAGAAGGAAAAUGAUGGCUUGCCGUCCUGGCCUGAGGAAGCCACGCACCUGUGGUGGGUUGCGACAGGAACAACUGACCAACCGACUGCCCAGGAUGCAGCCACCAACUGUGGUGAGGGAGGACUCGUUCCUGGCACCUCUGGACCAGGGCUUGCACCAGGUGGGGCCCCAGCUUGAGCGCCUGCUGGCAACGCUCGAGUGGCAGACAGGCCAAAAGCGGAUCACUCUGUUUAUCAUCAUGGUCAUGCUGCUGUGCAUCUACAUGGUCACCAGCGAGAAUGCCCCACUUGUCUGCAGCUUUGCCAUCUACCUCAUCGCUGCCUAUUCCUCCUUUCACAACAUAGAAAAUUCUUCGAAAAAUGACGACAGCCAAUGGAUUAUUUUUUGGCUCAUCUUUGGCUUUUUCAAUAUGCUGGACUACUUCACUGAUCAGAUUAGGGCGAGCUUCCCUCUCUUCUGGGCAUUCAAGUUUUUGUUCUUGACCUGGUGCCUGGCACCCACUGGAACCAACGGCGUGACGGUCAUCUAUCUUCACCUGCUGUAUCCGCUCUUCCUUGGCGAGAAUGACUGCCGUGUCAUGGAUUUUGGAGGCAGCCAGUCGCUCUGUAGCCACAUCUGGCUUCAGUGCUACCCGUGGGCACAGGAGCCAGAACCACGAGCCAGAAAAAUGGAAGAUUCUGGAGAGCCUGCACGGCCAGCUGUUCAAGAGGAGCUACCACAUGCUUCCGAGAAAGAAUAUACAACUAGCAAGCCAGCUGGAGAUGGCAAAGGAAGGAGAUCACCAGUGCUUAACGCUGACGAUCCUGCCCACACUGCAAAGGGUGCCGUUGCCGCCACAGAAAAGGACAAAAAGCCAGAACCUCCUGGCAAUGAGGCCACUGGCAAGAGUGCCGGCCCCGCUGUGCAUGAGGGGACAAAAGCUCAUCCUGCGGCUCACAAUAUGAGUGCCGGCAAGGCAUCAGAUAAGCACAAGCCAACAAGGGCUAGACAUCCCUCUUCUCCCAGUGGAAACAAAGAGUCGGCCAUGCCGGCUGGUGAAGCAUUGCAUCACUUACAGUCUAAGCACGAGUCACACUUGCCUGCUGCUGCCGCUAAGAUUAACGGACCAUCAUCACAGACUGCCCCAAAAUCUGCCAGUGACACUGUCGUCAAGAGCAAGAUGGGUUCACAAGAUGAAGGGACCUACCAAAGCCACCUCAGCUCGUACCAAAACGCAAAGCAUGAGAGAGGCACUGGAACAAGUUUAUGGAAUGAUGUUAGCCUUUUCUCAAGGAAAGAGGAUGACAGUGGAUCAGCAGCAAAAAAGAAUGAUGAUGACUGUGGAGGCCCGUUGCUUGCUAGUAGCAGCAUCCCUGUCAUUCAGCCUGUGGUACAACCCUUGUUCAGUCUGUACAGCUCUCCCUACAGCUCAAUCUGUGGUUCGGCAAACAAUGUCUCGGGCCAGCCGCCUGCAGGGCCUUAUGCAUUUGGCCCCAGCUACCCCAGCUACCAUGCAGGACCAUUUUACCCAGGCUGUUUGCAACGACCGCAAUUGGGAUACAACAAGCCACGGAUGCUUCUCUACGGUAGAACCACACAGAGGCAAAAAUCGCCGUGUUUGAGAAAUGCACCUUGUCUGGAAGAGUUGGACAUGGAUCACUCAAGGGCAGCCAGAAAAAGGAAGAGUUUAUCUCAAAGCACUAAUGACAAGUCGCACGAUUCACCCUAACAAGGAGAGUUGAGAAUAGGGCAGACAAGAAAACCUUCUCAUUGAGAUGGAACAGCGGCCAAAAAAAAAAAGAUUAGGAGAUCGUACCUCAACACUCAAGGUGGGUGAGCAUUGCCUGAAGACAGCAUCAGAUUCGGGUGGGCAGGGUUUUAACAAAUUGUUCUGGACCGAAGACUUGCUUUGAGCAACAUGUUUGCACUUUUGUCUUGGCUGUUGGUGCCACUAAACUUCCGCAUGCUCAGUAGCAGAUAUCCGAGCAGCCUAUGCAAAUUUACUUGCUGAAAAUUGUUGACAUUCUUUAAUUAUAGUGUUGUAGCAACCAAAAAUGAAGAAGGUUGUGCUUGCAAAGUGUUGCUUUGUCUUUCCACUAUGUAAAUUGGCCCAUUAUUUAGAACGGUUUAUUACUUUGACAAAGGGACCAGACGAGUGCAUCAGAGCUGCAUAAAAUGAAAGGGUAUCACAUCUUCGCUGGUGUCAACUCUGCAAUGAAGUUGCUACUCAAUCUGUGUUUGUAGUGUAUAAAUUCUGUACUAAAGUCAGUUCACAUCCCAGCCAU